CAAGAGCUACAAUGGGACGUGGUACUCAUGUUUCCUCGACUAUUGCAGGUCGAAGGAUUAAGGGAGCAAGCUAUUUCGGUCUUGCAGAGGGUGUUGCAAGAGGUGGAGUUCCCAAUGCCAGAAUUGCGGUGUACAAAGUCUCCUGGCACGAAGGAUCUUCUGAGACAGAUAUCCUCAAAGCUUCUGAUAAUGCAAUUGCUGAUGGUGUUGAUAUUAUAUCAGUUUCCAUAGCAGCUAGUGAUCCAUAUGACUACUUUGAAAGCGCCAUUGCAAUUGGGUCUUUUCAUGCUAUGAAACAUGGGCAUUUUAGCCUCAAAUGCAGGAGGAAACUCUGGUCCUCUUCCUGUAUCUCUCCAACUACUAACCAUGGUCGCUGACGGUUGCUGCUAGC